AUGGCGUUUAGUGAUUUUGCUGCCAUAUGCUCGAAGACCCCACUGCCGUUAUGUUCGGUAGUUAAGUCAAAAACUCAUUUGAUACUUUCAAACUCGACAGUCAUGCAUAACUUUGAUCCAUCUAACUUGAAUAUUGGUGUAUUGCCACGUUGUUAUGCUCGAUCGAUUGAUCUCGCUAAUACCGUCAUUUUUGAUGUUGGAAACGCAUUCAUCAAUAUUGGUGCACUAGGUGUUAUUUUAAUUAUACUUUACAAUAUAAGACAGAAGUAUACUGCUAUUGGCAGAUCCGAGUAUCUCUACUUUUUCCAGUUGACUUUGUUAUUGAUAAUAUUUACUUUGAUAGUGGACUGCGGUGUAUCACCUCCUGGUUCUGGAUCUUAUCCAUACUUCGUGGCCAUUCAAAUAGGACUGGCAGGUUCAUGUUGCUGGACUCUACUGAUAAAUGGGUUUUUAGGUUUCAAUAUCUGGGAAGAUGGCACUACAAAGUCCAUGCUGCUGGUUCGUGGUGCAUCCGUAUUGGGAUUCAUAGCUAAUUUUCUAGCUUCUAUUUUAACUUUCAAAGCAUGGAUAACGGACCAUAAGGUAGCCACAAUGAAUGCUUCAGGAAUGAUUGUCGUUGUUUACAUAAUAAAUGCUAUUUUCUUGCUGGUUUUCGUUAUUUGCCAACUGCUAGUUUCGCUAUUGGUAGUUCGAAACCUAUGGGUCACAGGUGCAAUCAUAUUGGAAUUGUUUUUCUUUGUAGCAGGGAAGGUAUUGGUCUACGCCUUCUCUACACAGAUAUGUGAAGGUUUAAAGCAUUACUUGGAUGGCUUGUUUUUUGGAAGCAUAUGUAAUGUGUUCACAUUGAUGAUGGUUUACAAGACUUGGGAUAUGACUACCGAUGAUGACUUGGAAUUUGGAGUAAGCGUAAGCAAAGAUGGUGAUGUUGUGUAUGAUAAUGGAUUUAUGUGA